AUGUCGUUAGCGGGAACUCAAAUCGUCCAAUGGACAAUAGGGAACCUAAACAAACGAGAGGAGAUUCGAAGAACCCCCCGGAAGGGAUCCCAUGAAAGACAAGACCCAAAACAGUCCAGGCAAGAGACAGUGAAAGGCACAAGCACGAAGAGGGAACAUCAUCUCCAGGACAAAGAAGAGGAGCCUGAGAUGAAGCAAGGAAAACGAAGGAUAAAAGAGACGCCGCGAGAAGGAUAG